ACUCCGUGUUGCGCACCCUUAGCCCUUUUUAUAAUCCUAACGUAUAUAUACAAUCUCUCCCUCUUAUUCUUGCUUUCAACACCAACCUUACUUAUACAAUAGAGCUAGCUAACUAGAGUACACUUAGUGAGAGAAAAAAAGAGAGCGGUAGCUAAUUAAGACCCUUUUGAGAGUUAGGUUUGUUUUGGACAUAUGGAUAUUUUUAAGCAAUUUUCAGAUCCACAGUAUUUAGUAGGGUCUGAUAUUUGGUCCUCUGAGUCAGAGAGUGGCAGUACUCGCAUGGUAAACUUGUCAGACGAGGAGGUCAUGUUGGCUUCAAGGAAUCCUAAGAAACGAGCUGGGAGAAAGAAGUUUAAGGAGACAAGACACCCAGUGUACCGUGGAGUUAGAAGAAGAAACUCCGGGAAAUGGGUUUGUGAAGUUCGUGAGCCCAAUAAGAAGUCAAGGAUUUGGCUUGGGACUUUCCCCACUGCAGAAAUGGCAGCGCGUGCACAUGACGUAGCGGCAAUUACGCUCCGAGGCAAGUCUGCAUGUCUCAAUUUUGCUGACUCGGCGUGGCGGCUACCAGUGCCUGUGUCGGCAGAGGCAAAGGAUAUUCAACGAACAGCAGCCGAGGCGGCCGAGGCAUUUCGGCCCGCGGAGUCAGACGUGGUAUCCGAGGAUGAAAUGAGGCCAAUGAGGAAAAAUGCAAUGUCGUCUGCGACAACAAAGAUGGAGGCAGAAGGUGUGUUUUUUAUGGAUGAGGAGGCGGUUUUCGGCAUGCCAGGGUUGUUAACAAAUAUGGCAGAGGGGAUGUUGUUGCCUCCACCUCAUUACUAUGGUGGAGAUGACAUGGAAACCGAUAUUGACGUGUCAUUAUGGAGUCACUCAAUUUGAUUUUUAUUAGUAACAUGUUAUUAUAGCUUAAUAGUAUUGAGUUUAGUCUAGCGUAUAGAUUAUAGAAUGGUUGGUUAUUAGGAAGAUACAAUAAUUUUUAUUUUCCGUGCUUAUUGUUUUUUAUUAAGUGCGGUGUUAUAGGGAAACUAUCGAGGGGGAAAACAAGUACUACUAGGGAAAUAUCAUAUUUGGGGCAAAUGCCAUACAUAAGUACGAGUUAGUGUUCAAUUGAAGUAGCCCCAUAAAAAAUGGGUCAGUGUAAGUGUGCAAGUUAUAUUAGUGUAAGUGUGAGUGAAAGUUAGAGAUGGCAAAGCAAUGUUGUAAAAAAGAAUAUAUUGUAGUCCAUUUAAUGUAUGUACAAUAAUGGAAAAUUUAGUCUACCCAUUUAGGGUAGUUACAUCUAUAAACCUAUUUCUAUUUACUACUAUAUUGAAAAAGCAAGAGGGGUUUAGUGUAGUUUUGAGUUUUGGACUCAUUUGUGGUGGUGAGACAAAACUCUCCCACCCACCCACGAACUCACGCACAGAGAUCGCAAAGGGUGUCGGUGAAAUGAAGAUAAGGAGAUAAGAUGACAGAAAAUCAAAUGACUGGAGCUUUGAGGGAUUUUACCUUGCACUCUUUGUGGAUAUGAAUUGAUGGUUUUUGUUGAUUAUGCCUGCUUGGUUUGAAUGAAGUCUAUUCCAUAUUAUAAACAGCGGUUCCUCAUUGUUCUCUCAAGUCCCAGCCAGAUGAAGCAUAAGCUUCAGUUGCUCUGAAUUUUGCUAAUUUUUUUAUUGUGUUAAAGCUAUUGAAGCUGCAUGUUUGAGACUUAUUAAGUUACAUCACAAGACUUUGUAACCAGGGAAUUCUUCUUCAUCUCCACUCCCAUCUGAGUCACAAUCUUCCCUGGUGAUUUGAAUCAACCCCGGUUAUCCGGUUCAAAUUUAAGAGCUCCUCUGGUGUCAAAUUUUAUCUUCCAGUGCAGUCCUCCGUUACCUUUUAGUUAAAGUCCUGCCGUUAACUAAAUCAAAACGUUGCCGAAGAUUGCCACGGAAGAUUCACACACUGUGGAGGAGUUCUUGCAGGUUGCGUUUGGGUAUGUGGGUUUGAAUCGGAAAGUUCAUGUUGUGAUUGACAAGAGGUAUUUUAGGCCUACUGAGGUUGAUAACCUUAAGGGAGAUGCAAGCAGAGCUAAGAAAGUUCUUGAUUGGAAGCCAUGAUUGGCUUGGGUCUUUCCAAUUUUUGCUUCAGAUCUGCAACAAUGGGGUUCAGCUGAAGAGGGAAGUCAUCGAUCAAAAGAAGAUCACAGGCCCGCAAAACACCCAAUUUAUUUUGAGAGAGGAAAAAUUAUAGAUUCUUUCUGUAAUAAAUUGAGAGAGAAGAGGUCUUGUACAUCCUGAACCCAGAUUAUAGGCAAGUUGGCAAUAUCCCAACCAUAUUUCAUUUUUCCUUAUGAAUUGAGCUAGAAUUAUACAUAGAAAUUGAUCUGAACCAUGCACUGAUUGUAAUGUAUAUACAAUGCAGUGUACUGGACUAAUAAAUACCUAAUCAAAAGGUUUAGAAUCCAGAAUCUACUGAUAUAGGUAUACCUUGAUCAGAGGUAAUACAAAUUCAGUUUGGUA